GAUGCUCGUCAAUAGGAUAGUCAAUUGAAACAUACAUUGACUGCGCUUCUUACAGCAUAUAUGGCUGCAGUACUAGAGUCAGAGAUUGCUUCUGACGAGGGGAUAGGAUCCAAAGCAUAUUCUCAGGCGAAAUUGACCAGGAAGUGCUAACUUGCACAGCACGACAAGAGAAGCUCAAAGAGAAACAGGAAAAAUCUGACAAUGGAGCGGAGGAAGGAGAGAAAAGAAAAAGGAGAGUGUGAUAGAAAGACCACUUACUAUGUCCCAAGUGUUUGUACUGGUGAUGAUGACAACUGUCGUGCUUGUUGUCGUCGUGGGUGGCAAUGUCACAAUAUCAGUAAGGGUGACCGUGCUAGGCCCCGAGGUGAUCCCUGAGGUGGUCGGGAUCUUCGAAGAACUGAAGUCCCGCACCGACGUUAGUGUUGGGCUAACUGUAGUGUUACAUGGCUUGCUGAAUUUCGAAGCGGUUGUGGUAGGCGUCACUAGAGUUAUAACUUGUGUCACAUGAUGUAACCGGUAUGUGGUCCCUGUAUUCCCCGGUGCCCCUGGCAAAGUUGCAGGAAUUGGAAUCCCAGAAGAAUCGAAGAC